CAAGUUCACAGAAAAAAGAUUAUUAAUAUGACAAAUUGUUACCAGGGAUCAAAUUAACUAAGUAUAAUUUCAAGGUUCAGUUCAAAGAAAUAUUUUUGGUGUGUGAAAUGAAUGUUUUACUGCCAGAUGGCCUGAACGCUGCUUUGUAAAGGAAGAUGACUUUGAAAAUGAGUCACUUUGGUGCGUCUUGCCCUGAUUGGAUCAUAAUGUUGUUUCUGUUUGUCACAGCUUCCUGUCUUGGUGAAUGGUUAGCUUCUGCAGACCAAUGAAAGGGCAGCUGUGCGGAUGCAGCAGUGAUCCAGGAAAAAACAGUCCAUUGUUCCUGGGACGUCAGAGAAGUGUGACCUCCUUCCCCUCCUGCCAGCUUGGCCUUGCUGGGUGCCAAAGACGCAGUACCCUGCUGGCAGAUCAUCAUGAGUGGGGGAAUAAAUGUGAGGUCCACUCGUCAACCUCCUCCCCCAUCUGGAAUCCCACUCCCACGAACGCUCUUACCCACCUCCCCAAAAAGGGACAGGCACCACAGGACCAGCGAUAUACCCAGGGCCCUGACCCACUCCCCCAAACACACACCCAGACACACGCCCACUCAGUCUCCAUCCCUUUGCCCUCGAAGAGCCAGCCUCCGCAAGUCUUCUCACAGGGACUUACAAACAGAUACUGGCCUGAAAUCUCCACUCCACCGGACUGGUGAUAUUAAUGCGCACCAGAUCUCGUCUUCAGCCUACAACAGCCCACUGAUCCAGCGACGAGUUCCACCGCCACAGUCCAAAGACACACUGGAUCUAGUUAAGCCCACCCACCCUCGUAUAGAUGUUUCACUUGAUAGUAAUUGUAAUAGAAAUCCAUGCACAAAUAGAAACCAAUCAUUGACCACCAGCAACCUGCGUCUUCCACUCCAGUUCAGGAGAGUAGACCAUUUCAGUUCCAAUGUGCUUAGUUAUGUUGUCCCGGUAAGAGAGGAAGAGGCUCCAAAAAUUGACACAGACGAGUCCAAUAAUGGUAACAUCUACGAACCUCACACUCAAAAUUGUGAUCAACCAACCAUCAGUGGACCAUGUGACUCCACCACCCAAUCAGAUGAAGAAAUGGGGACACCGGAGGAACCAAGUGGAGCUUCCUCUACAAGUCUCCCGUUACUGCCACCAGGCAUGCUGGCCAUGCCUUUAAUGUCCAAGCGACCUGUUGGUAUGCUCGAUGAAGGCCUACAAAAUGAACCUGAAACCUCAGAAAUACAAGGACCAAGAGUCAAUAUGGCAGCUGUUGCUCCCUUCAGUUUCAGGCUACAGGUACAGGAGGGUGAUUUGUCACUGGAUGAACUGAGUGAUUGCUCAUCUGGAUCCAUAGAAAUCUGCUGCGAUGACCUGACACCAGUCGGCUGCUGCCUGCCUCACUAGCAGGAGGGGAUGCAGAGCAGGAGCCACGCAGAGGUGGAGACAACAAAAGCGGAUGGUCAGCGCUGCGGUUUGUUCCAGCAGCUCCAUUGUCAAAUGUGCACUGUGAAGAGCUGGAUUUGAAUAUUGGACACUGGCCUGCAGAUCCAUGGAUUAUAAACUGUGAGUAAAGGCAAUUUGU